AUGAGGAAAUUCAACAUCAGGAAGGUCCUGGACGGCCUGACCGCCGGGUCGUCGUCCUCCGCCUCGCAGCAGCAGCAGCAGCAGCAGCAGCCCGCGGCGGCGGCGGCGGCCGCGUCGUCCGGGACCCGCGAGCCCGAGAUCACCGAGACGCUCCAGUCCGAGCACUUCCAGCUCUGCAAGACUGUUCGCCAUGGAUUUCCCUAUCAACCCUCGGCCUUGGCCUUUGAUCCUGUUCAGAAGAUCCUGGUGGUGGGAACUCAGACUGGUGCUCUAAGGCUCUUUGGCCGUCCAGGGGUGGAAUGUCACUGCCAGCAUGACAGUGGGGCCGCGGUGAUUCAGCUCCAGUUCCUGAUUAACGAGGGAGCGCUUGUGAGUGCCUUGGCUGAUGACACCUUACACUUAUGGAAUUUACGUCAGAAAAGGCCUGCCAUAUUACAUUCACUUAAAUUUUGCAGAGAAAGGAUUACAUUUUGCCAUCUGCCUUUUCAGAGUAAGUGGCUCUAUGUGGGCACUGAGCGAGGUAAUAUUCAUAUUGUCAAUGUGGAGUCCUUCACCCUCUCAGGCUAUGUCAUUAUGUGGAAUAAAGCCAUCGAACUGUCAUCAAAAUCUCACCCAGGACCUGUUGUCCAUAUAAGUGAUAAUCCAAUGGAUGAGGGAAAGCUUUUGAUUGGCUUUGAAUCUGGAACCGUAGCCUUAUGGGACCUCAAGUCAAAGAAAGCUGACUACAGAUACACGUAUGAUGAGGCUAUUCACUCUGUUGCUUGGCAUCAUGAAGGAAAACAGUUUAUUUGCAGUCAUUCAGAUGGUACUCUGACCAUAUGGAAUGUGAGGUCCCCUGCCAAGCCUGUGCAGACAAUCACCCCACAUGGAAAGCAGUUGAAGGAUGGGAAGAAACCAGAGCCAUGCAAACCUAUCCUCAAGGUGGAAUUCAAGACGACUAGAUCUGGGGAACCUUUUAUUAUUUUAUCAGGAGGUUUGUCAUAUGAUACUGUAGGUAGAAGACCAUGCUUGACUGUGAUGCACGGGAAGAGCACUGCUGUGCUGGAAAUGGACUAUUCCAUUGUUGACUUCCUAACACUCUGUGAAACCCCGUACCCGAAUGACUUCCAAGAGCCAUAUGCUGUGGUGGUUCUGCUGGAAAAGGAUUUAGUACUUAUUGAUCUUGCACAAAAUGGAUACCCUAUAUUUGAAAAUCCAUACCCUCUGAGCAUACAUGAGUCCCCUGUCACAUGUUGUGAAUAUUUUGCUGAUUGUCCUGUGGACCUUAUUCCUGCACUUUAUUCUGUUGGCGCUAGACAGAAACGUCAAGGUUACAGCAAAAAGGAAUGGCCUAUAAAUGGCGGUAAUUGGGGCUUGGGUGCUCAGAGUUACCCAGAAAUAAUUAUUACAGGGCAUGCUGAUGGGUCAGUUAAAUUCUGGGAUGCAUCUGCAAUAACAUUACAAGUAUUAUAUAAAUUAAAAACAUCUAAAGUAUUUGAAAAGUCAAGAAAUAAAGAAGACAGACCAAACACUGACAUUGUUGAUGAAGAUCCAUACGCCAUUCAGAUCGUCUCCUGGUGCCCAGAAAGUCGGAUGCUGUGCAUAGCUGGCGUUUCAGCCCAUGUAAUUAUUUAUAGGUUCAGCAAACAGGAUGUGAUUACAGAAGUCAUUCCGAUGCUUGAAGUUCGACUAUUAUAUGAGAUAAAUGAUGUGGAAACUCCAGAGGGUGAGCAGCCACCACCUCUGUCCACCCCUGUGGGCAGUUCCAACUCUCAGCCCAUCCCCCCUCAGUCUCACCCGUCCACCAGCAGCAGUUCCUCCGAUGGGCUCCGGGAUAAUGUACCUUGUUUAAAAGUAAAAAACUCACCCCUGAAACAGUCUCCAGGUUACCAGACAGAACUCGUUAUUCAGUUAGUGUGGGUGGGUGGAGAACCACCACAACAGAUCACCAGCCUGGCAGUCAAUUCUUCCUAUGGACUGGUGGUUUUCGGCAACUGCAGUGGCAUUGCUAUGGUUGACUACCUCCAGAAAGCAGUACUGCUCAACCUGGGCACCAUUGAACUGUACGGCUCCAACGACCCUUACCGGAGAGAGCCCCGAUCUCCUCGGAAGUCUCGGCAACCGUCAGGAGCAGGUCUGUGUGACAUUACUGAAGGGACUGUUGUUCCAGAAGAUCGCUGCAAAUCUCCUACUUCUGGUGCUUCACCACACAAGUCAGAUGAUGAACAAAAAGUGAAUAAUUUUAUAGAAAAGGUGAAGACCAAAAGCAGAAAGUUUUCCAAGAUGGUAGCCAAUGAUAUAGCAAAGAUGUCAAGGAAGUUAAGCUUGCCAACUGACCUAAAGCCUGACAUAGAUGUAAAAGAUAAUUCCUUCAGCAGAUCACGGAGUUCAAGUGUAACCAGCAUUGAUAAAGAAUCCCGAGAAGCAAUCUCUGCUCUCCAUUUCUGUGAAACUUUCACUCGGAAGGCAGAUUCGUCCCCUUCUCCAUGUCUGUGGGUGGGAACGACGCUGGGGACGGUGCUUGUCAUCACUCUGAACCUCCCCCCUGCGGGGGAGCAAAGGAUGCUCCAGCCUGUGAUCGUGUCCCCAAGUGGUACUAUCUUGAGAUUAAAAGGUGCAAUCUUGAGGAUGGCAUUUCUAGAUGCCACAGGCUGCCUCAUGCCACCUGCAUAUGAGCCCUGGAAAGAGCACAGUGUUCCUGAAGAAAAAGACGAGAAGGAUAAACUGAAAAAACGACGGCCUGUCUCUGUGUCCCCCUCCUCUUCUCAGGAAAUUAGUGAGAACCAGUAUGCAGUGAUAUGUUCUGAAAAGCAAGCGAAAGUCAUCUCACUGCCAACCCAGAACUGUGCUUAUAAGCAGAACAUUACCGAGACCUCGUUUGUGCUUCGAGGAGAUAUUGUAACGUUGGGGAACAGCGUCUGCCUCGCGUGUUUUUGUGCCAAUGGCCACAUCAUGACUUUCAGUUUGCCAAGUUUAAGACCUCUGCUGGAUGUGUAUUACUUGCCUCUUACCAACAUGCGGAUAGCCAGGACAUUCUGCUUCACCAACAAUGGACAAGCAUUAUAUCUUGUUUCACCUACAGAAAUCCAGAGACUGACAUACAGUCAAGAGACCUGUGAAAAUCUUCAGGAGAUGUUGGGUGAACUCUUCACUCCUGUAGAAACACCUGAAGCACCAAACAGGGGAUUCUUUAAAGGGCUCUUCGGAGGUGGUGCACAGUCUCUUGAUAGAGAAGAGCUAUUUGGAGAGUCAGCCUCAGGAAAGGCUUCCCGGAGCCUUGCGCAGCACAUCCCAGGUCCUGGUGGAAUCGAAGGUGUGAAAGGGGCGGCGUCAGGAGUCGUGGGUGAGCUAGCACGAGCUAGGCUGGCCCUGGAUGAACGAGGGCAGAAGCUUGGUGACUUGGAGGAAAGAACUGCAGCUAUGUUGUCAAGUGCAGACUCGUUUUCCAAGCAUGCACACGAGAUGAUGUUGAAAUACAAAGAUAAGAAGUGGUACCAGUUCUGACAACCAGAAUCCUGAUAAGCCCAACUUCAGCCAGAACGAAAAAGAAUUUCCUUUUUGAUUUCAUUGAUUUCUUAGGAAAGCUCAUGUAAAAGGGAUGCUUGUCGCUGGAAACUGUUCUUUCCCAGCACAACCACGCACUGUUACCUCAGUCAUGUGGCUGUAACUGAGAAGAGUUCACGCACACUGCAACUGGAGCACUUGGUGUGUGCGGGCUCUGACCUGACAAGUGUGGAGCUAAGCAGGUCCCAUGUGACCCACGAAGACAUGGCAGGGACUCUUCCUUGGAUCGUUCCUGUGUUAAACUCUCUUAUGCCAAAAGAUCCAUGACGUUGUAUGUGCAUCAGUGUUUGAUCCGAUGGGGGAGAGGCAAUAAAUCAGCUAUUCUGAAACAGAAGUAGUUCUGUCUGUGUAGCUGGACUGGAUGAUAAGCCGCUAUCUUGGACUCACCCUCCCUGAAACUGACUGGGAAUCAGUAUCAUUAGUGAAAAAGAAACAAACUGCUUGUUACCUUAUCUUUAGACUAAGCUGAGUGGUGGGCUUGAAGUAAUCAAAGUGUACACACAGUUGACUUGUGUGUGGGCUACCCUUUGAUUCCUGUUCUAUCUUGUGUUCAGCUCAUAUUUUGUCAAAAGCAAAACAAGGCGAUACAUCACUUUUCAUUGAAAAGAAAAGUGUAGAGUAUGACUGAAGUGCUCAUCGUUCUGGGAGCUUCCAUGUAGUGCCAUGCAGUGUGGAAAGUGAGAAAACCCUCCAUUGUGGUGAGGAGAAUGCUUCACUGUCUGUUGUCCAUGUUCUCAUCAAUUCAGCUACAGGGGAGUUUGAGCAAGACUGUCACUGGUUACAUUUGUAGAAAAGUUGAAAUUGGCUAAGUUUUUAAUUUUGCUUGAAUUUUUAUAAACAUGUUUAACCAAAUGUACCUUUGCAUUAUUUAAUUAAAAUUGCUAAAACAACAAUGUUUCAUUAUUCUUAAUGCUCAGAUCUCUUUUUAAAGUGUCCCUGAUUUGCUAACAGUUCCAAGACACUCUGAUGGUGAGUAAGUUAACUCUUAAUGCACAUGCUAUUGCAUGGAAACCCACAAGCAUCUCUUGUCAAUAAUUAUAUAAGAGUCUAGUCUGAUGACCUACAAAAUACUUUAUGUAGAAUUCUAAAUCUGUACAUACCUUGCAAGGUAUUCCAGUCAAAAAAGAAAGGGAAAUAUAUACACUUUGAUAACUGAAUUUUAUCUGUCAUAGUGGGCAGUGAAUGUGGGUUCCUCAGUUAACCUUGCAGACAGGAGAGAAACCACUCCGUAGACCUACUUGUGGGUCAGUGCAGGCUAGGUGGAGGUUCUUCUUGGUUGCUGUCAAGGCAACAAGGAAGAAGUGCACAGAAGCCUUUGAAGUAAUGGUAAUGAAAUUUAAAUACUGCCCUCUAUGAAAAAAAUGUCUAAAUUUAUUUUCUUUUUUCAUGAAGAGAUAAGCAGAGCACAGAUUGAUAGCAAAUGCAGUUGUUUUCCUGUCCCGUAUGGUCAUUAGAGGUAUUAGAGAACACAUUGCCUCUUUCAUGUACUCUGUUACGCAUCUUCUCUUUACUCAUUUCGUUAAUAAAGUUUGUGUUUACGGUUUAUAAUGUGCACUACCAGAUAUCAAUGUUUACAUUAAACCUUAAUAACAUUGGGACUAAAUACAGGUGAUAAGAGGUCAUGGUGAUCAAGCCAAAAGAAUUAUUUUAAGGGUACAGUCUUUUUCUAAAAAUGUCUAACUCUAUAGAAGGUCACAUUUCUGUUUAAUGCCAACUCUGUGGUGGAUAUUCCGUAGUUUGCGAAUUGCUGAGUUUGCAUUAUGUACAUAUUACACAAUAAAUUAUUGCUCCAUGAUAUGUCA